CCUGGAGGAGGACAUCCAGCGCUUGAAGGAGCGCUUCGAGGACGAGGCGCGCCUCCACGAGGAUGCCGACGCCAUCACCCGAGCCCUGCGGAAGGACAUGGAGGAAGCGUCCAUGGUGAAGGUCGAGCUGGACAAGAAGGUGCAGUCUCUGCUGGACGAGGUGGCCUUCCUGCGCAACAACCAUGAGGAAGAGGUGGCCGAUCUGCUGGCCCAGAUCCAGGCCUCGCACGUCUCCGUCGAGCGCAAGGACUACCUGAAGACCGACCUCUCGGCCGCCCUCAAGGAGAUCCGCUCCCAACUCGAGUGCCACUCCGACCAGAACAUGGUCCAGGCCGAGGAAUGGUUCAAGUGCCGUUACGCCAAGCUCACCGAGGCUGCCGAGCACAACAAGGAAGCCAUCCGCUCCGCCAAGGAAGAGAUCUCCGAGUACCGGCGGCAGCUCCAGGCCAAGAGCAUCGAGUUGGAGUCCGUCCGCGGCACGAAGGAGUCCCUGGAGCGCCAGCUGAAUGACUUUGAGGAACGCCACAACCAGGAUCUCUCCACUUACCACGACACGAUCCAACAGCUUGAAAAUGAGCUGAGAGGUACGAAGUGGGAGAUGGCCCGUCAUUUGAGGGAAUACCAAGAUCUCCUCAAUGUCAAGAUGGCUCUCGAUAUCGAAAUUGCUGCCUACAGGAAACUUCUUGAGGGUGAAGAAACAAGAUUCAGUGCCUUUUCUGGAAGCAUCACUGGGCCAACGUUCACACAUAGGCAACCUUCCGUAACAAUAACUACCAAAAUACAGAAAUCAAAAGCUGAACCACCAAAAUUAAAGGUCCAACACAAGUUUGUAGAAGAAAUAAUUGAAGAGACCAAAGUAGAGAAUGAGAAAUCUGAAUUGGAUGAAGCUCUUGAAGCCAUGGCUGAAGAACUGGCUGCAGAAAGUCUAGCAAGUGAAGAAAAGGAGGAGGAAGUUCUAGAAGAGGAAAUUAUAGCAAUGGAAAAGGCUGAAGUUGCAGCUGCAGCCCCAGAAGAGGAAGGAGAAGAAGAGGAGGAGGAGGAGGAAGAGGAAGGUGCGAAAUCUGAUGAGGCACAAGAAGGAUCAGAAAAAGAAGAUGAAAAAAGUGAAAAGGAAGAAGGUGAGGAAGAAGCAGAAGAAGAGGCAGCUGAAGGAGAAGCUGAGGAAGCUGAGCCUGAAGUAGCAGAAGAGCCUGAAGGAGAUAUAGAAGAAGUCAUUGCACCAGAGAAGGUAGAAAAGGUGAAAACAUCUCCUCCUAAAUCACCUCCCAAAUCACCUGUGACAGAAGAAAGUAAAGAAGAUGAAGGGGGUGAUCAAGAGGGCGAGGCAGUAGAAGAGGAAGAAGAAGAAACAGAGAAAGCAGAAUCCCCAGCAAAAAUAGCAUCUCCUGAAAAACCAAGCACUCCAGACAAAGGAUCUCCAGGGAAAGCAGGCAGCCCAGAAAAGGCUGGGACUCCAGAGAAAGCAGGAACUCCAGAGAAGGCAGCCUCCCCAGAGAAGGCAGGGACUCCAGAAAAAGCAGGAACUCCAGAGAAGGCAGCUUCUCCAGAAAAAGCAGGGACUCCAGAGAAGGUUGGAACUCCAGAAAAACCAGGGACUCUAGACAAAGCAGCCUCUCCAGAGAAAGCAGGGACUCCAGAUAAGGCAGGGACUCCAGAAAAAGCAGGGACUCCAGAGACAGCUGGAACUCCAGAAAAACCAGGGACUCUAGACAAAGCAGCCUCUCCAGAGAAAGCAGGGACUCCAGAGAAGGCAGCCUCUCCAGAAAAAGCAGGGACUCCAGAGAAGGCAGCAUCUCCAGAGAAGGCAGGGACUCCAGAGAAGGCAGCAUCUCCAGAGAAAGCAGGGACUCCAGAGAAGGCUUCUCCAGAGAAAGCAGGGACUCCAGAGAAGGCAGCCUCUCCAGGGAAGGCAGAGACUCCAGAGAAGGCAGCUUCUCCUGAAAAGCCAAGAUCCCCAGUGAAAGACGUGGAAGAGGUUAUCUCCACCACAAAGGCAACCACGGUUGGUGCAGGAAAAGAAUCAAAAGAAAAAAGUUCAAAGGAAUCAACUAAAGAAGACAUAGCAAUCAAUGGGGAGGUUGACGAUAAGGGGGAGGAAGAUGACUCAAAGCAAGAAGAAGAUAAAGGUGUCAUCACCAAUGGUCUGGAUGUGAGCCCCUCUGAAGAGAAGAAGGAGAAGAGCGAAGAGAAAGUUGUGGUGACCAAAAAAGUUGAGAAGAUCACCAGUGAAGGUGACGGAACCACCACCUACAUCACCAAGUCUGUAACCGUCACCCAGAAGACAGAAGAACAUGAUGAUGCCGUGGAGGAGAAAUUGGUGUCCACCAAGACGGUGGAGAAGGUGACUUCUUCACACGCCAUAGUCAAAGAAAUCAAGGAAAACGGUGACUAAAAUAAAUCAAUUCCCCUUCUCUAAAGAGCUUGGAUUAGUGCAAAAGGUUAAGCCAUACGACAGCUGCAAAAAAAAAUGCAUGAAAGUGGCGGCUUCUAAGCAGAACAGGUUCUCUCAUGGCAUCUCCAAAAGGACUGAGGGUUUUCCUUUUUUCUGAUAUAUUUAUGAUUUCUGUGCCAUACCAUACCCAGGGGUUGGGGAGGGGAUGCAUGCAAGCCCAGUGCACUCCCUCUGCAGAACUUUGGGAUUUUCUUUUUGGGUUUUGUUUUUUUUAAAAAUCAUGCAUGAGCUGUUACUGUUCCAGGGGACGUCGCUGAAUUUUCCUAAGCUGCUGUUUGGAUGCUUCUGAGGAAUGUCUUCAGAUGUAUUAUGCAAAGAAUAAACUGAGCCAAAUAAACAAUAACAAAAGAAUGAUUUUUAAAACAAAAAAAAAAAUACCCUGAAUUCUCCUAGCCUUAAGCUACUUAACAAUUAUGUUUACCUCACUGGUGCAAUUAAGAGGGACUUCUGUCCGUGAGAGAACCUAUGUUGACAUGCACAGUAUGCAACCUUUUGUUGUUUGAUGUUAAGCAGUCACAGCCAUUUGUGCUCAAUAAAGGUCAUAUU